AUUUUUCUAUCUACGGCUAUAAUCUUUCUCAACGUGUCCGUUUUCGUGUCCAUUUUGCUAAACAAGUCUCUUCGUGGCGAGAACCGCUUCAUGUACAUGCUGAGUACGUGCCUGAGUGACGUGUGCUCGGGAGUGUCGUACUACUACUGCGGCGUGCUGGACGUGCGCGACAGCUACGACUCUCCCACUCGCACUUACUACGUAGCUCCCACUUUUUUGGGUCUGUCCUACAUGGCCAUUUUAGCAGCUCAGGCUGAUCGUUACCACGCGGUGUCCGCGCCAUUUAAGUACGCACAGCGCAUGACGCGCGGCCGGACGCUGGCAGUGAUCGCGUGCUACUGGGUUUACGCGUUCGUCAUCGUGGCCGUCAAUAACCUUGUGACGGUGGGCAUUGCCAAGCAGGUCACAGGCUUCGGCACUUUCGUGAGCAACAUUUUCACUGUGAUUAUCAUGAUCGGGCUGAACGUGCGCCUGUUCCUCAUCGCCAGAUUCCAGCUGGAACGCGAGCCGCCGAGCGCAGAGCGAGAACACAAGCGGGCGUCCGUCUAUCUCAUAGUCAUCGUAGCCGUGUGCUUUCUUAUAGCAUGGCUGCCAAUAUUCCUGCACAUCAUCGUGUGUAAUUUCUCGGGCACCACGUGCUACUCUUUCCGAAACGAGGGCUCAGACCCGCUGCGCAUUUUGCCGCGCGUAAACGCCGUUCUCACACCCGUGCUGUACAUUAGGGGCUGCGCGGGGAUCCGAGACACCCUGCUCUCCAAAGUGUGGAAAGUGUGCUACAGACACACAGGAGUUUAUCCGAGGUCUCAGAAGAGGUCCGUCGCACCCAAUAUCCAGUGUGUUUCUAUGGUGUGCAAAUAAGAGAAAAGUGAAACUAAGUAAAAAAUGCAGUGUCUUUGUGAUAAAAUAAACUUCUUCGGUUUAAUAUAAGAUAGUUAUAAAGACUUUAUGUGCAGAAGAAAGCAAAUCAUAAUGUAAGUUAUGGAUAAAUGCGUAAUAUUUAGACUAUUGACAAUGUUGUCGACAUCAGAGCAGUACAUCUCUGUUUUAAUGACAUAUUUUUUGUGCAUUUUAUUUUUUUUUAGAAUUUAAACAUGAUAAAUUUCUCUGAUCCUGCAUACGACCGGACUUAGAAUUCUAGACCAGUGCUGGCAAACGUUUUACAUCAUGUUAAUCUAAUACAAAUGAUUAUUUUGCCCUAGUUUGUAUGAAUCGUUCAUGCAGUCGUCGCUAUACACAGAACACUGCUACUAUGAGCGGGA